UACCUGUGGUGGUAUUUUUCUUCACGUGUAGUGAUACAUGUCUGUAAAUAGACGAUAUUCGGCGGGCUGCACUACGCCCUUCAGUUCCGCCCAAAAGGGAAAUGACGCCACUGCAGAAGAUGGCGUCCGUGCAGUCCGGCCACCGCGGUGGCUCUUUAGCCGUGUAACUCGCCUCCUUGUCGGGGCUCUCCGCGUCCAGCGCAUGGGCCGCAACACAGGCACGGCAGUGAGACACUGCCGCCCGUUUUCUUGAGCACGGAAACGAACCCGCAACUUCAUGUCCGAAGGCGCCAGGGCUGGCUGGUCGAAGAGGGGUUGUGGGGAUUCGCACCGCCGAGAACCAGGGAAACAUAAACACAGGAAAUGCGAGCGACCCCUUAGUGCUCAGCUGUCACAGCCUGUGAUCGCUCGCUCGGGCUCCAAAAGGUGAUUGACGCUCAGAAAAGGGACUUUGUUAACAUCUUCUGGACACAAGGGGCACUGUCCUCUGAUUGGCUCGGACAACCCCCUCUGACAUGCCCGUGGCCAAUCAGAGGUGUGUGAUGUCGGGGGCGGAUGUGGAGGUGUACCUGUCCCAGGUGCACGACGGCAGCGUGUCGUCGGGCUUCCGGGCGCUCUACGAGGAGCGUCUGCUGCUGGAUGUCACGCUGUUGAUAGAGGAGCACCACUUCCAGGCCCACAAGGCGCUCCUGGCUACUCAGAGUGACUACUUCCGGGUCAUGUUCACUGCAGACAUGAGGGAGAGGGACCAGGACAAGAUCCACAUGAAAGGGCUGACAGCCGCUGGCUUCGGCCACAUCCUGCGCUUCAUGUACUACGGCUCGCUGGAGCUCAGCAUGCCCACCGUGCAGGAGAUCCUGCAGGCGGCCAUGUACGUCCAGCUGACCGAGGCGGUGGAGUUCUGCUGCUCCUUCCUGCUGGCUAAGAUCUGUCUGGAGAACUGCGCCGAGGUCAUGCGGCUCCUGGAGGACUUCAGCGUGGGCGUGGAGGGCGUCCAGGAGCAGCUCGACAACUUCCUACUUGAAAACUUUGUGCCCCUGAUGAGCCGAGCCGACUUCCUGUCCUACCUCAGCCUGGAGAGACUGCAGGCGUACCUGAACAGCGACGCCCUGAGCCGCUUCCCCGAGAUCGAGCUGUAUGAAGCCGUCCAGUCCUGGCUGAGACACGACCGGCGGCGCUGGAGGCACACGGACACCAUCGUGCAGUCCAUCCGCUUCUGUCUUAUGACGCCUGCCAACAUCUUCGAGAAGGUGAAGACGUCUGAGUUCUACCGGUACUCCAGACAGCUGAGGCAGGAGGUGGAUCAGGCGCUCAGCUACUUCCACGAUGUCAACCAGCAGCCUCUGGUGGAGACGCAGUCCAACCGCAUCCGCUCCGUGCGCCCGCAGACGGCGGUCUUCAGGGGGAUGAUCGGCCACAGCAUGGUCAACAGCAAGAUCCUGCUGCUGCAGCGGCCGAAGGUGUGGUGGGAGCUGGAGGGCCCUCAGGUGCCGCUCAGACCAGACUGUCUGGCCAUCAUCAACAACUUUGCCUUCCUGCUGGGCGGGGAGGAGCUGGGGCCCGAUGGGGAAUUCCACGCCUCCUCCAAAGUGUAUCGUUACGACCCGCGGCAGAACUCAUGGCAGCGCAUGGCAGACAUGUCUGUGCCCAGGUCGGAGUUUGCCGUCGGCGUCAUUGGAAAGUACAUCUAUGCGGUGGCGGGACGCACGCGAGAUGAGACCUUUUACUCUACGGAGCGAUAUGACAUCACGGAGGACCGCUGGGAGUUUGUGGAUCCUUAUCCUGUCAACAAGUACGGCCACGAGGGGACGGUUCUGAGCGGGAAGCUUUACAUCACUGGCGGCAUCACCUCGUCCUCCACCUCCAAGCAGGUGUGCGUGUUCGAUCCCGGGCGGGAGGCGGGUGGCAGCGGAGGGAGCUCGGGCGGCUCCGAUUCACACAGGACGCGCUCCAGCCGCGGCCCGCUGCUGCCCGGCACGCACGCCAGCUGCUGGGAGAACAAGUCCAAAAUGAACUACGCUCGGUGCUUCCACAAGAUGAUCUCCCACAAUGGGAAGCUGUACGUGUUUGGAGGCGUGUGCGUCAUCCUGCGGGCUUCUUUUGAGUCGCAGGGGUGUCCGUCCACAGAGGUGUACGACCCCGACACCGACGAGUGGACCAUCCUCGCAUCCAUGCCCAUCGGGCGUAGCGGCCACGGUGUGGCGGUUUUGGACCGACAGAUCAUGGUACUCGGUGGUUUGUGUUACAACGGCCACUACAGUGACUCCAUCCUCACAUUCGACCCUGACGAAAACAAGUGGAAGGAAGACGAAUAUCCCAGGAUGCCUUGCAAACUGGACGGUCUGCAGGUGUGCAGCCUGCACUUCCCAGAGUAUGUGCUGGAGCACGUGAGGCGCUGCAGCUGAGGUCUGCUGCUCCAACCGGGAAUGUUGAGUUCAAGGACUCCCGCCGACGAACCAGGUGUUCACAGGUGGGGGGGUGGGGCUUUCAAACCAGAGACCAGCACUUACCUAGAGGUGAGAAAACGUUGCUCUUCCUAACGAGGGCAAAGCGUGGCGCCGCAAGCCGCCACAUUUUAACAGUCUGCUCGAACAUUUCCAGAAUUCUCAGUACAGCCGGUUUCUUGGUUUGUGGGUGAAUCCCUCUGCUGGUUCCGUUUCCUGUUUCUCCCCACAUGUUGUGUGUCGGCUGUCUGGGCAAGCUGCUGCAGAAACGCACUGGAAGCAGAAGUGCACGUCAGGCUCACUCACACCAGACUUCUGCUGCUUCUUCAGGUCAGAGCAGGCAAAACCAAACUUAUAAGUGAACAAAGUUUAUCUAAGUGAGGUGGAAAACGAAGAGUUUGAGCUCACAGUUGAAGAUAAUCUUGUUGGUUUUAGUUUACACGCAUCUGCAUCCUAGAAAGAGUCAGCUGUGGCUGUGAGGAGCUCUGUGUUGCAUAUAGAACUAUGACACCUUAUUGAAGUGGAUAUCUCUAGAACUAAAUCCUCAUAUUUAGUCAGAUGUAAUCCUGCACAGAGAGCUGCUCCCCUCUAAGGUUCAGUUAGUGCAAACCUCACAGGAAAUCCACACAGAUCAGCUGCUAGUUUGGCUCUGAAGCUCCUGCCGUCCUUCAGUUCACAAUGUUUAGCUCCACCUCCAUCUUCACCACAGCUGGAUUAACCAGUGUGGCUGCUAAGUGUGAGGUUGGAAAAAUAAAAAAAACCCAAAAAUGUGAAGAAUCCCCCAAAAUGGAAAAGGCUGGUUAGUGGAGAUGGUAGGAAGCCGUUCCUGCUCUCUGCUUCCAGUGCGUUCCAAACCUGUCCAGGCGCUCCUCGUGUUCAUAACACUACAGAGCAGCUGAGCCGCUGCUCCAGACGACGUGGAGGAGGAGGGUACACCUCACAGUUGAAGAGGAGGAGGUCUCAGUGUUUGUCACUCUGUCCUGCACUUUAUUGCUUCUUAUUGUUUGUGUACAUGACAGACCCCUCCACCCCCCAGCAGCUAAACAGCUGUGAAGCAAAGAUGAUCAAAAGUGUCUGAAUUUAACUGUCAACCAAACUACACCAGCAGCUGGAGGCUUCAUGUUGACCUUUGAAUGAACCCAAACCAACAACAUAACCUUUACACUUCUGAACCUUCCAUUUCUGUUUAGUUAUUUUCCUGACAUUAAGAAUAUGAAGGCAGCCGUUGAUCACAUGACGGCUCCCAACAGAAACAUCAGCUACUUCUGAAUUAACUGUUCAAAUGAUCGAAAUCCUGGAGAGCGAGUCGAUUAUUUUAUGUCACAGGAUAAACCUCUUACCUAAUGCACUAAUUCGGCUCCUGAGCUGGUGCUACAGUGGAGCUAACUGCAGGCUUUGGUCAUUGGCUGUGAUUUUAGCUCAAAUGGUGUUAUUGCAUAUACAUUUAUUAGAAUGAAUAUGUGCCACGUGAGUAAAAAUAUUGCAGCUAAAGGAUGUUAACGGCCAAUCACAAACAGGAAGCAUUUCACUGGAACUCCCAGACCUCUUAUUUUAUUUAAAUAUAUACAUUUCUGUAUUAUACUCUCCUAAUGAAAGUUAUUCUUAGUUUCCAGCUGUGAGACUGCUUUAAGGUUUGACUCAUUUCAGAACAUUAACCAAGCGACCUUUAACGUCGUUCACGUUUAAAAGUUUAAAUCGGGUCAAUCUUUGUUUAAACAGACGGUUCAUUUCAAACUCAGCUGGAAAUAUGAAGCUGAACAGAAAACAUGCUUUGCUAGCAGCCAGCAUGUGAAUCCUUGUUAGAUUCAGACACAGAUGAGUCGCCUUCAGCGCCGGAAACCCUUCAAUUGCACAUUUCAGCAUUCAGACGCCUUGAUCCUGCAGCCCAGCAGCUGUUUAGUGUUGAUUAUAUUUUUGAUUAUUAUGUUUUUUUAUUUAAGCAACUGUGAAAAGGGCUAGAGCACCUACUGAUGCAGUUCUGUCUGUUAGCUGCUUAUUUAAGUUAUUUAUUUUCUCAAGUAUUGCUUUUCACCAAGCUAUGCAGUACCAGUGGUCGAGUAGUUAAACAUCUGGAGAAGUGAAUUCUGAAUCCUGUUCUUUUUGCUCAUUCCUGUUUUGUUAACCUUCUGGAAGCGUGGAAAACAGUCUGCUGUAACUGUGCCGUUUCCUGUUUGCAAACGAGGACGGGACACGACUCUCUUCCUCGUUUAAAGACCAUUUCAUUUCUCCAUGGCUGCAUCCAACAUUCACGAGCUGCAGCUGCACGGCCAUCAUGCAGGGCAGCUUCGAUUUGGUAACACUGGAAUAAAUCUGCUCAUCUCCAUUCCUUCUCAGCUGACCUGGAUGAGUUUAGGAGAAAUGUUUGAAAGGCCACUAAAGUCUUAAUUCUUUUUUGUCAUGUAGUGUUUUGAUAGUGUGGAACAAAUCAUCUCACUCUUAUUGUUAGGUAAACUACAAUCUGUAAAUCCCACAAGAAAAAAUGGAAGACUGUUAUAUUCAGAUGAUGUAUUUAUGAAUUAUCUAGCUGUCAAACUCUAGCAGACAUAAUCUAGAUUUCCAUGUAGAUGACAAACCUCCAACGUCUAUCCUUUCAACCAGUAAACUGUUUUGUUGUCAGUUCUUCAGGGUACUAACAUCUUCACCCGAUCUCGUUCACUGUCAUGAAGUCGCCACGUCUCCUGCUGCAGUCUCAGCCUCCUCUUCCUCAUGUUGUUCUUUGAAGAAGCUUGUAACCAUAAAGGAUUUCAGGCACGUUCAGUCAUAGCGCAGCGUCCUUUAGUCCUCCAGUCUUCAGUCUGUCUGUAGGAAACAAGAAUAGAGGAGAGAAAUAAACCAUACCUUACUACGACUGCAUCAGAAAAAGUCAGUAAAAUCAGAUUAAUGUAUGUAAUAAUCUGAGUAGAGACUUUGGAAACGAUUUGUAACUUCUUUCCAGAAAUAAAUGUUCAUAUUGGUCAACUUUCA